GGCAGACAUUUUGAAAUGACGCGGAUCGUGGCGCUGAUCUUGGGUCAUGUGAUCAAAACAGAUCAGUUAUUAAAGAUGGCCACGAAUGGUGACAGUGAGACUCGUGUAUACAAAUUUGCUGUAACAGUCAUAGGUUGGGUCAUUGGCAUUUUCCAUCGGUGGCAUGUAUCCACGCUCUUCGAAAAUGACCGUCAUUUCUCGCAUCUGUCUGAAAUCGAGAGGGAAAUGUCCUUCCGCACGGAAAUGGGAAUGUAUUACUCGUACUUCAAAACGAUCGCGGAAUCGGAAACAUUUAUGGAGGGCUGGAGAAAAAUUAGGCACGAUAAUAUAUCGGAGUAUGGACAUGUUAUAAAUGCCAGUGCAAAAUAUAACUUGCUGCCAGAGUUGUUAAUCGGAUGGCUAUAUCAUUGGUCCAAGAAUUUGGAAAUCAUUUCUAUAACGGAGUGCUGGACAAUAGAAAGAGGAGAAAAUGUGCCACCAGUAAUAAGCUGUGCGGGUUUGGCUGUACCUGUGUAUUUUUAUUUAGGAUAUGUCUGGUUCAGUGCCAUGUGUACAGCAGCCAUUCUAUUUUAUUAUUCCGUAUACUUGAGCAACAGCUUAUUCGGUGGGAUUAUCACGACACUGUUGUUCUUCUACAACCACAACGAGUGCACUCGAGUUCAGUGGACUCCACCAUUGCGAGAAAGCUUUGCGUACCCUAUGAUUCUCUACCAAAUGUACCUGCUUACCGUGCUCCUUAGAGAAGGCAAUCGACAAACCUGGAAGAAAAUACCUCCGCUAUUAUUUCUAAAAAUGUGUUCAGCUAUAAUGCUUAGCCUGUGUUGUUGGCAAUUCACGCAUUUCGUGUACAGCACACAAAUCAUUGCGCUGCUUAUACUGAAAUGGAUGAAAGUAAUAUCAAAUGAUUUCUGCAUGCUCAUUUGCUUAUGCCACGCGGGGCCGGCAUUUAUAGCGACGAGGCUACUAUCCGACGACAGCACUUUACUGUACUCCUUGUACAUGUGCCUGUUGAUGGCUACCAUCAUUAACUUUGAGUUACCGGAGAGGCCAACCCAAUACCUCGGUGUAAAUCUAGAGACACCUAUAGAAAUCGUCCUCGUAGUCGUCAGCACGGUACUCCUUAAGUUCUACUUAGCAUUCGAGGACGACGCACACGUGUACAAUCUGCUGAAAGCAAAGCUGACCAAUUACCGAGACUUCCAUACAAUGUUGUACACGUGUUCAGCUGAAUUCGACUUCCUACCGUUCAGGAGCUACGAAAUACUGAUAAAGACCUCGUUGCUACCGAUCGCCGUAUUAGCCGGCAUUUUAAUACUGUACUACUGGUAUAGAAACUAUAAAGUUAGAGGAUACCUAACAGCCAUAGAGCCAGAGGUGGCCUACAACGGACUGCAGACAGUUGCGUUUAUAAUAAUGGCAGUUUUCAUCAUGAGACUGAAACUGUUCAUGAACCCGCAGCUCUGCAUAGUAGCGGGCACAAUCUGCGCGAGCAGAUACUUGGAGAAAGUCGGAUUGAAGGGUAACAAGAUGAGGACCGCUGUCGUGGUGCUGUUAAUAUCCGCGAUGUCCUAUCACGGUAUAGACAGGUUCCGCGAAGAAAGAAGCAUUAUGGGGGAGUUCAUGAACCUCGAACAAGAGGAAUUGUUCGAGUGGAUAAAGAAUAACACGCCGAAAGACGCGGUCUUCGCUGGCAAGAUGUCUUUGAUGGCAAACUUGAUGCUCUCCACGGGUAGACCUAUCGUUAACAAUCCUUAUUACGAGAGCAAAGAGAUGAGAAAUAGAACGCUCCAAGUAUACGAGAUCUUCAGCAGAAAAGACGAGCCUUCGGUAUACUUGACACUGAGAAAAAUGGGGGUCAACUAUGUCGUAUUAGAAGAACCGUUGUGCUUUGCCUACGCGAAUCUGCCAUCGGGUUGCCAAAUGAUCGACUUGUGGGACAUGGUUGACAAUGGUACCGCGAAGGCAGCCGGGAAACCAGCUCUCUGCCCCAUGUUGUUCCAAGGGAUGAGUUACUUCUUCACGAGGACGUUUGUAUCCCGUCGCUACGUUGUUCUACAGCUCGAGUAUCCCCAGUACAUCGAGCUGAAGCCAACGACAUCGAUCCAAUACGCGUACCGUUAAACACAGAUUCAAUGCGUUAGUUUCCCGGCUCAUCGAAAAAUGUUGCUUUCCGCCGCGAAGACGAACAAAAAUUUCUCGACAACAGGGUUAUUCGAGCUAAAACGUUACGUAGGAGAAAUAAAUAAUCUCAGGACAAGCGAGCCGAGCAACCGAGCGCGUCCAAAACUAUUCUUCUAUAACUGUAUAUUCUAUAAUUUAAGCCUCCGUAAGAGAACGAUGUACGGAUGGACUAAUAAAACUUUCGAACGUCGAUCCA